CAAGAGUGACGUGAGUCAAUCGAUAUGCGCAUGCGUUACCCCGGAUAAAACACGUGAAGAAGCAUGGCAGACAAACCUGAUGAGUUGGCGCUGGACCGGGUGCAGGUAAAGAAGGCAGUUCAAGCACUGCAGGCUUUCCUGAAGACUAAGUCUACCCCAGACUCCCUGCUCCUGGACGAGAGUCAACACCUAUCCCUCCUCUUCACACUAUGGAAAAUCCCCAAGCAGGCCCAGACCAUCCGCAUCCCCUUGCCUCAUGGCAUCCGCACCAACACAGAUGAGGUGUGUCUCUUCACCAGAGAUGAGCCCAACAUGACCCCUGACCAGACCCAGAGGUUCUACAAAAAACUACUGGCUGAGAGAGGGGUCAAGAAUGUCACAGAGGUGAUCCCUUACAGAACACUGAGGACUGAGUACAAGCCCUUUGAGGCCAAACGAAGGCUGCUGGGGAAUUUUGACAUGUUCCUGUCAGACGACCGUGUUCGUCGCCUGCUGCCCUCACACAUUGGCAAGCACUUUUACGAGAGGAAAAAGGAUCCGUUGUCAGUAAACCUGAAGAGCAAGAAGCUGGCCUUGGACAUCCAGCGAACCAUCCAGGGAACAACCAUCUCCAUUUCUAAGAAAGGCUGCUGCUGCAUGGCUCGUGUGGCCCACUCUGGGAUGGCUGCAGAUGAAAUAGCCGAGAAUAUCGACUCGGCUGUUAGCACCAUCGUGACCAAACUACGCACGAAAGGACCAUUGAUAAAGAUCAUCCACCUGAAGAGCCAGUCAUCAGUAGCUCUGCCCAUCUACACCUCUAACAUGAACCACCUGACCCUCUUAGAGGAGACACAGAAACAGGCCCGCGCAGCCAUGGACGCAAAGAAAAAUGCAAGCAAACAAAAGUCUGCUAAGAAGGAACAGAAGUCUACAGAAAGAAAUACUGGUGCUGAAGUAGAGGAAGAGAUUCCACAGCUUGUUCCCAUGGUAACGCCAAGUAAAAAGGCUAAACUGGAGAAGCAGACCAAGGGGCUUGAGAAGGCUCCCAACCCGACAGUGGGGAAGAAGGCUCCCAACCCGACAGUGGGGAAGAAGGCUCCCAACCCGACAGUGGGGAAGAAGGCUCCCAACCCGACAGUGGGGAAGAAGGCUCCCAACCCGACAGUGGGGAAGAAGGCUCCCAACCCGACAGUGGGGAAGAAGGCUCCCAACCCGACAGUGGGGAAGAAGGCUCCCAACCCGACAGUGGGGAAGAAGGCUCCCAACCCGACAGUGGGGAAGAAGGCUCCCAACCCGACAGGGGGGAAGAAGGCUCCCAACCCGACAGGGGGGAAGAAGGCUCCCAACCCGACAGGGGGGAAGACAGCUAUGAGAAGAAAAAGGAACAAGAAGGCUGCUUAAAGGAAAGUGCCUCAAUCUUGAUGACUGUUUUGUCUUGACAACUCAAUGAACAAAGCAUACAUACCUCUCCAUUAAUGUCUGUGUAUUACUCCCCCUUUCUCUACAUGGAACUCUGACUUCAUCACACUGAUUAUAAAGGACUGGUUUAUAAAUAUACAACUGUUAACAUUUCAGUUUGUUGAAUUGAUCCAAGGACAAACUCAAAUGAGCUGCAAUUGUCUGUCUGCCUCAAAGGGUUGUUUAAUAUCAUCUUGUGUAAGCUCUACUUGUAAAUUAAAAAUACUACUAAAGUA